AGUGUGGUGUGUCGCGGCGGGAUGCACCGCGCCGUCUCCGUGUCCGUACGCGCAAACGGCUAUCGGGCCACUCUCGAUCCCCCGUGCGCCGUGUUGCCUGUACCAGUGGCGUGCGCGGGAGUGCUCCGCUGUGUGUGUGGCGUUGUACGUGUAAGCGUGGCGACCGCGACUGUAUGAGUGCCGUCGUCGCCGUCGUCCGUGAUACCGUUCCUCUCCGCGCUCGCGGCCGCGCGCCACAGAGUGCGAUCCCCGCGCGCUGGUGCGGGGCCGCCUCCGACUCGCCCGUACCCACACUCGCUCACAUGGCUCCCCGAGUGUACGUGCAGGGGGCGAGAGCGAGACAGCAGGAGGGAGGGAAAAGGAUAGCCGGCGUAGUGGGCGACGUACGCGGACCCCGACUACCUGGCCACAUAACCUCAACCGGUGGACCGUCAACCCUCGUGGAUCCUCUCCCCUCGUGCGUAUCGCGUCCCGUCCUCCCGGUCGUCCGUUGUUACGCGACGUUCCCCGGGGGGUUUCCCCGGUUCGCCCGACACUCCCUCCGACAGAAACGGAGGAAUGUCCUCGAGGUAGUCUCUUCCGUCCUCCUCGAGGGGAGAGGAGCCAUGCUGCUCGCGGAUGGCCCGGGUUUCCUGCCUCCGUGGCGCACGUGUGCUGCGUCCUCGCGCCAACCCGAUCGGCCCGUGCACCUUCUGCGCCUUCGAGGGUGCUUCUCGGAACGCGUUCGCCGCGGAGAGUUUACUCGUCCAAAACGUUAUCGUGGACCCGAUAUCGUUCGGCGGUCGUGACGCAACUCGCCGUUCGCACGGUCGGGGAAACCCAGUCGCUUCGCCGGCGACGCGAGGUGCUCGCGGUCGUACAAAACGGCGAUUCUAGUAUUUUACCGUAUUUCGGGGGAGUACGUGGAGUCGAAUGGGUAUAACCUGCACACACGGCCCGCACACGCACACGCGUAUGCUUGCCCGCGCGCGCGCGCUCCACUCACCCACACACACGCGCGCGACCUUAAUUGUAAUGACAGAUUUCCUCACUAAUUUACGGUCGAUUUUCCCUCGAAAUGUCGCGGGAGGUCGUCGUCGUAUUUCCGAUGUGUUGUAUUACGUAACUUUAUUUUCGGGCCGAAUUUAAUUAAAUUCCGUUAAGGCAGGAUGCACUCGAGAGCGAGCAAAGCGUACGAUGUUAGCUUCGGCGUUACCGACACUUGCUUUAUAAAGAGCUUCCCAGUCGCUGAUAAUCAUUCACCGAUUUACGGAGAAAAUCGCUCGAAAAUUAUUAGUGCUCGGUGCUCGUAGUCGAGGAAGAGUCGACUCGAGAGAUCGAAGGUUGUGUAUCGUGGAACGUCUUAUACUACUUGCGACAAAGCCUUCUCGUUCAUAGAAAUUUUUCCCGUUGUCGGACAUUGAAUCGUUUUGAUACGGAAACAAUUUGAAGGAGACACACAGUGCUCGACAUGCGAGCUGUUGUGGAUGUCAUUACGGCACUGGAAAAGACAACAAUCACUAAAGAAGUGCUGGAGAUUACGAGGCUCGGAAAACACAUCAAUGAGCUUCGUAGAAAGACGAGUAACGAUGCCUUGGCCAAACGUGCGAAGGAUCUGGUACGCCGCUGGCGAGACAUGGUUUUACCAUCGGUGCAUUCGACGCCGCAGCCUACGCUGGCCGACACAGCACCGCCAGCACUCAACGGGGCGAAGGAGGUGGCCCUGAGAAAUCUCAAGCCACAGAGCCCCGCGUUACGGGGGCUCAAGCCUCACAGUCCUCUACUAAAAGAUGCUACCCAACUCAAAGUGCUUAGUCCGGCACUGUCUGUGCACAGCGACCACUCGCGAUCUCCUAACGCGUCCUCGAACAAACAGUCAAUUCAGCAGCAGUCACUGACCAGCAAUCACAGGCUAAGUUCCUGUUCGAGGAACGCGUCGCCAGUCCUGAGUUCUUCGAGUCAGAAUCACACGCUCGAAGCGGUGCCGCGUACACACAGUUCCAACAAGCGGCUGCGAAAAGAAGAGAACAGCAAGGAGCUGCAGGGAGGAUGUCAGCACUACCAGUCGCCGCUCCGGAGCUCCGAGCCGAUGGUAGAGGAGAACCUCGCCAAGAAGCAACGGCUUAACGGCGAGAAUAUAAGUGGUAAUUUAAAUUCGCAAGUGCCUAGCCCCACACUGAAGGAACGAAUCUCCUCCGAGCGUCUCGCGGAGACCUCCCCCCCGGCUACGGACGACACGACGAACCCAAAGAAACGUGGCCGCAAGAAGGGUAGCAAGUCGACGAAACGGCAACCGUUCCCGGAGGAUAGCGUGAAGGAGAAGCUGGCCAGUAUCUCGAGGAACCCGAAGCUGAAGACCACGCAGGAGCUACUGGCCGAUUUGCAGGCGCGGGGAAGCAACUGCAGCCCCGUUGGCACGAACGCUUUAGCUAGUCAAAGCGUCGCGGAACCCCCCAGCAUAGACGACAUGGUUCUGCGAGGCAGUAGUAACGAGCAGGUGUCCAAGUACACACGCUGCUCCCAGAAGAACUCGAGCCUGCCCAGGGGCGGGCUGGUCUCCACCGACGGCAAGGCGCAGGUGGCGCGAUCCAGAUCUGUGGACAACUGUCACGAACCGUCGCCCGAGGCGUGUCGGGACAGGCUGCACGACCAGGAUAGACCGGUGGGCACUGCCGGGCCGACCCGUCGGUCGCCAUCGUCGCACCGGGAUCUCACGGUCGAGGAGAUACUGGCCAAGUUACCGCCCCUCGACCCGAGCUCGAUAGACUGGGGCGACUACGACCCCGCCGGAUUGUCUACGGAGGAGGAGCGAAACGGCGCCGAAUGUUCACCGCCACCACGGGAAGUCACCGCCGAGGAUCUUGAGAGGUUACACACGCGGCACGUCGAAGGACUCAAUGGUAACUUCCAGCCGAGGCUGCCGUCGCCAUCGUCGUCGACGGUGCCCGAGUGUUGCGACGGUGACCGAGUGUCAUCCGGAUUGUCGAACGUGAAUAGUGCAAAAAGUGUGUACAGCGGCCAGACCGAUAGUGCGGAGUUUCGGGAGUGGCAUCAGAUCCUAGCGAGGCCCAGUUACCAGGGCGAGACCCUCCACAUAAUGCCUUAUGUUAUUAUCGAUUAGUGAUUUUAUUAUCUUAUAUUCUAUUAUUAUUAAUCCUCCCCCUUGAGAGAAAAGGAUUGCGAGGAGAGAGAGAGAGAGAGAAAAUGAGAGAGCGUGAGGAAUCUGCGAAAUUAAAAUGCGAGUUGGUUGGUCGGUGAAUCGGUCGGUUUAUUACAAACUAACAACUUUCUAUUGCAAAUUCCUAAUCGUGCUGUUUUAUUUCUGUUUUACGAACCGACACGUUACACCGCCACCCUCCUUGUCAUCGUCAUCGUCAUAAUCAUUCCCGUUGUUAGAGAUAUUAUCUCGCCAAUCACAAACGCGCAAUCGUAAACGCGCGGCCAUUAAGGGGGGAGCCUGCUUCAGAACGCUGAAAAUAAGGUAUAUUUUACGAAUUGUUUUUGGAGAAACUAUACA